CUCACAUAAUUUUACGAAAAUCGGUUGAGAAAUGCGAUCUGCACAUCUAUUUACACAUUUCAAUAAGAAAAUCCAUAUAUACGAAAGCAUCUUUGCCCAAGGCGAAACGGAGGCUUUCGCUAACUCGCUCGGUCAGUUAAAACACAUAAUUACGUAGUCCGUUAUUAAAUUAACGUUUAUUUCAAGCUCGUGUGGCUCAUAAAAUGUUAGUUAUGUACAAUAAAACUUAAAAACUAUUUUAGUAACAAUAAAUAUCUUAACUAAAAUCAUAAUAAUUCACCGUUACUGGGCUUAUGAAGCCCGCAACAGUGCAUAAUGUACGAACAGUCGAUCCUAUCCGCAAUCAUAGUUAGGUUAUUAUAUAAGUAGUAAUAAUUGUGACCGGUAAAAAAUGCACUGUAAUUCAACGCGCUUACAAUAGUCGAACCGGCGUCCGCAGCGCGCUACGUUGCCAGACCGAACGCGCACGUAUUCUCAACAUCGCUACAACGCGCCUCGGUCCCGUCACUUUCCCCGCAGUUUCUUGGCGAUCGCCGAACCAUUCUGACGUCAAACGCGUGACGGUUCGAUAAAAACGCGUUACUAACACAAAAUGGCGUCACAACCGUGUUCAUCCAAAGCCCUGUCCAGUGUUAUUAAUCAAGAAUUUCUAAAUAGAUCGACCAACAUCGAAUCGGCCCGCUUCCUCAAACGAAUACUGCAAAAAUCAGAAGAAGAGGGCAAAUUAAGUAAAACUAUCCCCAGCGAUCUAGACCGCACUCAUUUUUAUACUGGACUUGACAGAAGAAUGUUCUUCACACAAUAUACCGAUUUAAAAGCAACAGAGAUUAAGGAUAUCGAGCGAUCAAUGAUACAUGAGCGCCUGAUUGCUUUCUAUAUAAACGCGAACGCGUCCAGUCUACCUCCAAGACCAGAUACUACUCCUACAACAAAGAAUCUAUUCUCAGCUUUAUACGGGAAGAUACCUCACUACGUAGACAUUCGAAUGUUUCGCAAAUGUUUGGCCAAGCUUGGAUAUGUUUGGCUAAGAAUAUUUAAAGGAUACAUUGUCAUGGAAAGACCGAGCGUCACUUUUGAAAGGUAUUAUUAUCUGAAAGACAUCGUGCGAUAUCGCGAGGAAAACAGAGACAUUUUCUAUGUUGCCGAGACAGUUUUGACUGGCCUUUUUAACUACUACAGUUUUAAAGAAUAUAACGAAUUGAUGAAAACAGCAGUAAAUGCAAGGAUAGAAAUAAUACAAAAAGGUUUAAUUAAAAACAUCUACGCUGUAUCGAAAUCUGGAGUUUACGCUUUGAAAACUAUUGAUCAUUUCACGACAAGUAACUUUGCAAAUUGGGUGAUAAAUGAACUUCUCCCAGUCUUGCCUGAGAAAAGCGUUGUAGUAAUACAAAAGUAUGAACAUCAUGACGAUGUUAUCAAAAAACCAACGUUAUUCAGUAUAAAAUCAGACAUAAUAGCGUGGCUUGAACUAAAUGAUGUGCCUUAUAGUGAAGAAAUGUCAAAAUGUGAGCUCGUUGAUCUGGUAGAUGCCUACACUUCUGAGUCUGAUGAAAUCAGUAAAAUUGAAAACUCCCUGAAGUUAAAAGGUCACGAAUUACUUAGACUUCCGGCCUGUAUUGAAGAAAUGACUACCUCAAAACAUUUCUUCGAGUUAAUAAAACUUAAUGCUAGUAAAGUGAACGUCAAUCAUGACCAAGUACUGAAGAUGAUAACGGAAAGUGUAUCUCUACAAACUUUUGAAAAAUUCGACAGGCAUGUAGCAGAUGCAGAAAAAGAUACUUUACAUGCAGAUAUAAAGAUGGAUCAGGUUUUCGAUAACGUUGUGGCAGCAUUCCAGAAAGUGCGUUUGAAAGAUGCAGAAGAUUCUGAAGUACCACUUAGUGAUAGUGACUAAUAAUUUAAAAAAAAACUUGAAGAACAAUAUUGUCUAAAAUACAAGUGAUUGGAUGUUGUAUUUUAUGUUCGUUUAUAAAUAAAAGUGCCAUUCUAAUGCUGUUUUUUUUUACUUAGAAAUACAUGACAAAAAAAUGGUCUUUUUAAUGAUUGGACUUUGUGCUGGAAGUAUUUUCAAUAAAUCUUGGUACUUGGGUAA